UUAGUACGUAGAUAUGUUAUGAUGACAAAAAUAAGAGUAGUUUUGCUUAUUUUAUUGUUAUUUGGUUCAAUAUACAAUGGAAAGGCAACUACUGAAACAAAUGAAGAUGAAACCACUGAAACCACUAAAGCUACAGACCAGAUUCAAAUUAAUGACGAAGAGGAAGAAUCAGACUCAAUUCAAGUGGUAAACGUUAACAGAGACCCUAUUGAUGUAACAACUACAGCUACAGUUAAUGAUAGUGUAGAUGAAGACGGAACUCAGUCAGUCAGUGUAGAUAGUUCACAAGAAGAGAACUUUACCGUAGCCCCGAGAAAUGCUGAUCCAAAUAUAGCUCCUGCUGUAACUUCAGCUAACUCUGAUAAUUUAUCUGAAUAUUUAAAAAACGAUUCCGAUCCCCAAUUAGAAAGUCAAGGCGAUGAAGAAGAAUUAGCAAUAACUGCACGAACCAUUGAAGUGAUUGAAGCAAAUGAGGACUUGAGCAAGAACCAAGAACAAAUAGAAGUUAUUGUAGAACCAGCUUCACCUUCAAAAGCAGUCGAAAUCGAAGCAAAAAGGGUAGUUUCGGCAGUUGAAAAAGAUGCAAAGGAUUGGAGAAGUGCUGAACAUGAUGAUGAAAUAAAGAAAUAUGCAACUGACCCAAUAGGUGAUGAAUCAGGUUCCGAAGAUAAUAGUGAUGAAUAUGUAGAUACGCAUAUAGAUAUUGAGUUGAAAAGCCGAAUGGAUAGUAGAGCUCAAGAAAAAAAGCCAAAAUAUACAAGACCAACGGCUCCGAGGUAUAUGGAGCCACGUGAAGAGCGUGGAUUAUUAGAUUCCGGUCCUAUAAGAACUUUCACAGAAGUAGUAGUACCGCGCUACCGGCCAGUUUUAACUAGAAGUGGCAUAGUUUACACACCCACCUUACUUUCUAUGCAAUCCAGAUCGCCUCUCUUAGACCGACUGUCAGGUCACUGGCCAAGCAGAAACCACUACAGUCCCGAAGAAAUGUAUCCUAUUUCAAGACCGAGAGGACUCGCCGUCAGUGCUCCCCAGUUCGAAGAAACGAAAAUGAUUGAUGAUUAUAACGACUACGGAUCUAAUACUUACUCCUAUAUGCCUAAUAGGAGAGCCACAACCCCUAGGACGCUCCAGCAAGUUCCUACGCCUAAUAAAUUUGAUGUUUUCCAAAAGUUAGUUGAAGCAUCUAACCACCCAAAGUCACAAAAGCGAACGUUUAGUGAUUUACAUCAAAGAUCGUUUCCUGAGAGUUACGGAUGA